UCUCUGGCAGUCUUUUGGGACUUGUCUGCAGUCUCAGGUAAUCUCCUGUACUAUGUCUGUAGUCUCUGGACAUCUCCUGUAGUAUGUCCGUGUCCGCAGUCUCUGGUCAUCUCCUGUACUGUGUCCGCAGUCUCUGGUCAUCUCCUGUACUAUGUCCGCAGUCUCUGGUUAUCUCCUGUAGUAUGUCCGCAGUCUCUGGUUAUCUCCUGUAUUAUGUCCGCAGUCUCUGGUCAUCUCCUGUACUAUGACCGCAGUCUCUGGUUAUCUCCUGUACUAUGUCCGCAGUCUCUGGUUAUCUCCUGUAGUAUGUCCGCAGUCUCUGGUUAUCUCCUGUAUUAUGUCCGCAGU